UGGAUAUCAAACGGUAAAGAGCUCUCAAUACGAGUAUAAUAUUAUUAUUGGUUACUUCAAGUGUCUUCGGUUUUUAGUCCCUUUAAAAUGAUCCAUGUGCGCGAUUUGUGGUUUUGUCUGAUCGUGAUUAAUGUAUUCAUAAAAGUCCAUUCUUUGGAUAAUGGACUGGCACUGACCCCUCCCAUGGGCUGGAUGCAUUGGCAACGAUUUCGAUGCAUAACUGAUUGUGAAAAAUUUCCAAAUGAGUGUAUAAGUGAAGAGCUCUUCAUGCGAACAGCAGACGUGAUGGCAGCUGAAGGAUAUGCAGAUGCAGGCUAUGAAUACAUUAUAAUCGACGACUGUUGGAUGGAAAAGGCUCGAGGUGAAGAUGGUAGACUAAUAGCUGAUCGCAAACGGUUUCCAAGUGGAAUUAAGGCCCUCUCUGACUAUAUCCAUGCCAAAGGUCUUAAAUUUGGAAUCUAUGAAGAUUAUGGAACGUACACUUGCGCAGGAUAUCCGGGAGUUAUUGGCUAUAUGGACAUUGACGCACAAACUUUCGCAGAAUGGGAUGUUGACUAUGUAAAAUUGGAUGGAUGUUAUGCAGAUAUUGAGGACAUGGAUAGUGGAUAUCCGGAGUUUGGAAGGCUUUUGAAUGCAACUGGACGACCAAUGGUAUAUUCUUGCAGUUGGCCAGUUUAUCAGGAAUAUCAAGGCAAAAUGCCCAACUAUGAAGCAUUGAAAGAACACUGCAAUUUAUGGCGAAACUGGGGGGACAUUGACGAUUCCUGGGACUCAGUAACAUCUAUAACUGACUACUUUGCUGAGAAUCAGGAUCGAAUUCAACCCCAUGCAGCUCCAGGACAUUGGAAUGAUCCUGAUAUGUUGAUCCUUGGAAAUUUCGGACUAAGUUAUGAUCAGAGUAAAGCUCAAAUGGCUAUUUGGGCUAUCUUGGCUGCUCCACUUUUGAUGUCAGCAGAUAUGGCUACAAUUUCACCUGAUAUCAAAGGAAUACUUCAGAAUAAGGACGUUAUUGCUGUGAACCAAGAUCCUCUGGGAAUUCAAGGCAUACGCGUUAGCAAGGAGAAGAAUAUUGAGAUUUGGACAAGACCCAUCACUCCAGUCUACGAUGGAAAUCACUCAUAUGCGGUAGCUUUCGUUAGCAGACGAACUGAUGGCGCUCCAUAUUCAAUUUCAUCAAUCGUUUCUGAGAUGGGUCUUAAGAACAAAAAUGGCUACACGGUUACGGAUCUUUUUGAUAAGACUGUUCAGGCUCGAGUUGUGGAACCAAGUCAUAGUUUCAAUGUUCGAGUGAAUCCUUCAGGGGUAAAAUUUUUCAAGUUUACUGCUAAACCCUAAUUGACGGUUUCGAGAUUUAUUUAUAAAAGUUUUUAUUGAGUUGGAUAGUCUUAAAGUAAUUUAAUUUAUAAUAGUUUAGUUUUAACGUUUUUUACAAAUAAAACUGACGCGUUUUGGUUUUCAA